GCAAAAAGAGGCCUGCUCUAAAACACACAGCCUUGAGCAGACCGUCACUCAGGCUCCGGCUCACGACAGGACAUGAUCCAGCUGCUGGCUUUGUUCUUGUGAUUUAGCAUAGUUAGAAAAGCCACUGUGGAGGAAAGAGUGGAUUUCUGUACUAUUUUCCUCUUAGCCCAGAGGACUGAUCAGGACUGCCCUGUGUGUGUUUGUAUGGGCCUGUAGAGCCACAGGCAGGCACGGGGCCUGACCUCAGUACGUUGUUGACGGGAGCUCUGAAUGUUUUAUUGUUCUGAAAAACAAACGAGUGGCUGGGACUUUACCCACAGACACAGUGCUACAGCAGAUACUAGGCCACUUCAUUAUCACCACGUAGCCAGAGGCCUGAGAGAACAGGAGCCUCACCAGGAUUAUGAUCACUCAACUGGAGUUUGAUCCCUACACAGCAGCAGACUGAGCUCAGAACACGCUACUGUCACAGUACCUGAAUUGGCUUCGGUGUGCAGGAUCCGACUGGCUGACAGCUGGCUGGCAUAAUAUCGAUGACUCCUGCCUACUUGGCACUCAGAUCCAGUGAUCACAGAUGUCUGUCUGUAAUUCCUAAAGAGAGGAGGAGACAUUACUGCUUGGUUUUAUGAAGAUUUGAAAAUACAAAUACAGAUUUUUUUAGAGUCAAUGGUUAGCUGGUUGUAUAUUAUCUUUAGUAAGCAUGACUUAAAGUUGGAUUCAAAUAUGGGUUGGGUUGAUUUGAAGGAUUAUUUAUAUCGUUGUGUCAGAGACUGAAGUCAUAUUGUAAGUACUUAGGGUAAGUUUAAGAUGGUAGUUUAGAUUCUCCUCAGCCUGCUCCAGACAGCCAAACCAGACAUCGCACGGAUCUAAUCAGGACCUUCUUCAUUCUCAGUCUGGUGUCUCUCACCAUCAGGAGGUGACCCCACUUCCUGCCUAUAACUUGAAGGACACUCCUCAAUCUAACAUCAGUGAAGAGCGGCGUUGUCGGUUAUAAAAGUGAGCCAUGUGCACAGAGAGCAGAACUGAGUUCAAAGGUGAAACUGCACUGAGCGGAGAGAGGGAGGAGCCCAGAGAGGGAGAGAGGAAGGGAAAGCGAGGUUAAGAGAAGUUGUAACUCCAGAGAGUGUGACUGCAUUCUGGACUCCCCAGUCUCCCAGGCUGAGGUCGGCUGCUGACAGAGGCUGUGGGAUCCUACCCUAGCCCUUUGACUGAAGACAGACACUCUGGAUGGUUCAUCUGUCCACCAGUUGUCAUCGGACGCUCCAGCAACGUUUGUUUUUCAUUUAAUGGUUUGUUUGUUCCUGGGACAGAGGACAUACCUGUCUCUAAGAACACAGGGUGAACCACCUGCUCUGCGCGUGUCUGGAACUCUGAGCUGUGGUGAACCUCUGUCUGGGGAUCCCUGUGGGGGAUCUGUUUUUACAUUGUCUCUCUGACGUGUGUCCAUGUGCAGUGGAAUGUUAGCCCGUGCGUGUCCCUGGAGGCGCGAGGACGCUGGACCUGUGAACUGUGAAUGACACACACAAUGCUUUAGUGGACCACGUCCCCACACCCAAACACACUCAAACUCCUGGACCACUGGUAGCUAGCAGAGCCAUGGAGUGUUCGGCAGUGCAGACGGAGACUCCUGGUAUCCAUGACAACAGUGUAGAGUUGACCCUGGAGGAGAGUCCGGUCCUCAUCUCCUCAUUCUGCACCGAGCUACAGCUAGAUAGCGUGGAUGGAGGAGGGGGGUAUGACAUAGUGAAUAACCAGGUGAUACCAACACCGGGGCCACCACCAAACUACAGUUCACACAAUGCCUCACUUCAACAAAGCUGGGAGAUUAACUACCAGGAAGCAGCCAUCUAUCUACAGGAAGGAGAGAACAAUGAUAAGUUCUUCACACAUCCUCGGAAUCCAAAGGCGCUGGCAGCAUACUUGUUUGCUCACAACCACCUGUUCUACAUGAUGGAGCUGCUAACAGGACUCCUACUGAUGGUGCUCUCUCUCUCUGAGGCUCCCGCUGUACCAUCACUACGCCUGGAUGUUUAUGUCCACGCCACUCUGGAGUUAUUGGCUCUGGUUAUGGUGGCGUUUGAACUCUGCAUGAAGCUGCGCUGGCUCGGCUUCCACACAUUCAUCAGACACAAGAGGACCAUGGUGAAGACGUGUGUGUUGCUGCUCCAGUUUGUGGAGGCCAUAGUGGUUCUGAUCCGGCAGACGUCACACUUGCGUGUGACCAGAGCUCUCAGACCCAUUUUCCUGGUGGACUGCAGAUACUGUGGUGCCGUUCGCAGAAACCUGCGUCAAAUCUUCCAGUCCCUUCCCCCUUUUAUAGAUAUCCUGCUGCUGCUGCUCUUCUUCAUGGUCAUCUUCGCCAUCCUGGGCUUCUGUCUGUUCUCCCCUAACACUUCUGAUCCAUACUUCAACACUCUGGAGAACAGCAUCGUUAGUCUUUUUGUACUACUGACCACCGCAAACUUCCCAGAUGUUAUGAUGCCAGCAUACUCGAGGAACCGCUGGUCCUGUGUCUUCUUCAUCGUCUACCUUUCCAUUGAACUCUAUUUCAUCAUGAACCUGCUUCUGGCAGUGGUGUUCGAUACGUUUAACGGUGUUGAGAAGAUGAAGUUUAAAUCUCUGAUGCUCCACAAACGCUCCGCAAUCGACCAUGCCUUCCAACUGCUGGUCAGCAGACAGAGGCCAAUGGGUCUGUCUCUGAAGCAGUUUGAUGGUCUAAUGCGUUUCUACAGACCCCGUAUGUCUGCCAGGGAUCGCUUCCUCACAUACAAGGCCCUAAACACUGCAGGAGCACCCAUGCUCAGCCUAGAUGACUUCUAUAAAUUCUAUGAAGUAAUUGGCCUCAAAUGGAAGGCACGGCGGAGCGGGGAACACUGGUUUGAUGAUCUUCCACACACUACUUUUCUUAUCUUCAAAGGCAUCAACCUGCUGGUCAAGUCUAAAGCCUUCCAGUACACCAUGUAUGUGGUGGUGGCCGUCAACGGAGUGUGGAUCCUUGUAGAAACCUACAUGUUGAAUAGUGGAUUCUCCUCGUCCAGAAUAGUCCCCUGGAGCUACAUUGUCUUCCUCACCAUCUAUGGGGUGGAGGUGUUGUUGAAGGUAACAGGCAUGGGACCGUUGGCCUACUUCAGCUCCGGCUGGAACCUGUUUGACUUCUUUGUGACGGUGUUUGCCUUUCUGGGCUUGAUUGCUCUGGCCUUCGACAUGGAGCCCUUCUACUUCAUUGUGGUGCUCAGACCACUGCAGCUACUCAGGUUGUUUAAGAUAAAGCAGAGGUAUCGUAACGUGUUGGACACCAUGUUUGAACUCUUCCCGAGGAUGGCAAGCCUGGGGCUGACAUUGAUCAUCUUCUACUACUCCUUUGCCAUUGUGGGGAUGGAGUUCUUUGCCGAUGUAGUUUACCCUAACUGCUGCAAUACCAGUACAGUUGCAGAUUCAUACAGGCAGAUCAAUGUAACCAUAGGCAAUAGGACGGUGCUGGAUGAAGGUUACUACUAUCUCAACAACUUCGACAACAUUCUCAGCAGCUUUGUGACUCUGUUUGAGCUGACUGUGGUAAACAACUGGUACAUCACCAUGGAAGGAGUGACCUCCAUGACAACUCACUGGAGCCGCCUCUACUUCAUGACCUUCUACAUUGUCACCAUGGUGGUGAUGACCAUCAUCGUUGCCUUCAUCCUGGAUGCGUUUGUGUUCCGUAUGAACUACAGCCGGAAGAACAAAGAACCACUGUUAGAUCCUGAGGAUGAGAACGGUAUAGUGUUUGAGGCAGAGGUGAGUCGUGACGAGGCGUUGGCUACUCUGGAGCUUUAUAAGCAGACCUGCCCUGGACUCUCCUCACUCAACUCUCUACAGGGAGUACUGGUGGCCAUGGACCGCAGCGGGAGCUCGUUUCUGGUGUACCUGGGUCGGAGGUCGCGGACCAAGAGUGACCUCAGCAUGAAGAUGUAUGAGGAAGAGAUCCAGGAGUGGUAUGCUGAGUACUCCAGAGAGAACCUACCCCAGUCAGACCGAAGCCUCGUAGAAAGAGAGCUGGAAAUCCCUCCUCCCUGCCCUGACCCUGAACCUCAACCCAACUCACAAGGACCACUUAGUAUUAACUAACACUCACUCACUGUUUCGCUCUCUCUCUCUUACACACACACACCUCUUUAACUUCAGUCAUCAUGUCACAGAGCACUCUGUGAACUUAAUGAUGAUUGUCUUCCACAAUGACAAGACCGAGAACCCCUCAAGUCUCUAUGUCUGUCUCCUUCCCUUCUUCCCCCUCCUCCCAUCCUGAGGAAGUGUACUCUAGCAGCUUGGUCGGACAGUUGUGAUGUGGACAGAUGUGAUGGUGUCACUGAACUAGAGCCUGGAUCCUGGACCUGUUGAGAUGCAGCAGGGAUUUAUGUUGAUAUGAAUCAUGUUAUCUAUCUGAAUGGAUCUGUGUUCAAACAGGUUUAACAGCUUUAUCUAACCCCAACCCUGACAGGACCUUAGUCUGCUGAUGCAUUGACAGUCGAAGCAGAGCAUCGAUUUAGGGGUUAACGGGCAGGGUUUUAAGGGUCAGAGUUAGGCCCUCUAGCUGUGAGACAGAGCUAAUGUUCAAGGCCAACGCCGGAGUACGAGGAGCCACUAGAAUUUGGAAUUUCACACGGCUCUUCUUCACUGCUCUGACCACAGAGAGGACACACGUCUGGACAGUGAAAGGACACAUGCCUGUAGGUGAAUACCAGGUUGCCUGUAGAUGCGUACAAACUCACACGAUCCCGCUCCGUCUGCCAGCACUAGGCUAAGCCCCCUCAACAGCCACUAUGCCCACCCCCCCCACCCAACACACACCUGCACAUGUCCAGUAACCUACAGCUAUAUCUCCUAGCCAGCAUUUGAACAAACCUAAGAGAAGACUUUACUUUUAUAACUUGUUAUUCUGUAAGUGUAUUAUAAUGUAUUUGGUGUAUUAAAUGAGGAAUCAUUUAAAUACAUUGUUCACUUAGCCAAGUGUAUUUGUGUAGCAACCUUUGCUUUAAAGUGGCAGGGCUCAGACUAGCCCUGAGACAUGGCUAUAGACACCUAUGGUAUUUUAACCAUCUUCUCUGUGUGGAUGUUACAGGAAGGAUUUUGGAUGUUUUUAUUUAUAUCUUAAACGGGUACAAUACACAAUAAUUAUAAUCUCAGAACCUAGACAUGAGUCUAUGCAUAAGUGCUUUUUACCCUGAUAUCACCUUCUUUAACGCAUACGCACACAGCCCAGACAGCUUCAACAAGAGAAUCCUUUACCAAAGGUGCUUUUUAUAUGCAACAAUUUCACCUGCAAAUAUCUAUCAGGGACGAUAAUGUACUACCUCUAUAGCUAUCGUACAUCUGUAGUAGUAAAAUAAUACAAUUCCUUGAUAAAAAUGUAUAACAUUGUUUGAUGCAACUGCAUAAAGUAGCUUGUUUAGGGCCAUCUUCAAAUUAUUUAAAUAGCUGUGCCUUGCUGUUUCACGAUUGGUUCCCCUUCUCAGAAGUUGGAACUAUAUACAGUGGGGCAAAAAAGUUUUUAGUCAACCACUAAUUGUGCAAGUUCUCCCACUUAAAAAGAUGAGAGGUCUGUAAUUUUCAUCAUAGGUAAGCUUCAACUAUGACAGACAAAAUGAGAGAAAAAAAUCCAGAAAAUGACAUUGUAGGAUUUUUAAUUUAUUUAUUUGCAAAUGAUGGUGGAAAAUAAGUAUUUGGUUAAUAACAAAAGUUUAUCUCAAUACUUUGUUAUAUACCCUUUGUUGGCAAUGACAGAGGUCAAACGUUUUCUGUAAGUCUUCACAAGGUUUUCACACACUUGCUGGUAUUUUGGCCCAUUCCUCCAUGCAGAUCUCCUCUCGAUCAGUGAUGUUUUGGGGCUGUUGCUGGGCAACACGGACUUUCAACUCCCUCUAAAGAUUUUCUAUGGGGUUGAGAUCUGGAGACUGGCUAGGCCACUCCAGGACCUUGAAAUGCUUCUUACGAAGCCACUCCUUCGUUGCCCGGGCGGUGUGUUUGGGAUCAUUGUCAUGCUGAAAGACCCAGCCACGUUUCAUCUUCAAUGCCCUUGCUGAUGGAAGGUUUUCACUCAAAUCUUACGAUACAUGGCCUCAUUCAUUCUUUCCUUUACACGGAUCAGUCGUUCUGGUCCCUUUGCAGAAAAACAGCCCCAAAGCAUGAUGUUUCCACCCCCAUGCUUUACAGUAGGUAUGGUGUUCUUUGGAUGCAACUCAGCAUUCUUUGUCCUCCAAACACGACAGGUUGAGUUUUUACCAAAAUGUUAUAUUUUGGUUUCAUCUGACCAUAUGACAUUCUCCCAAUCUUCUUCUGGAUCAUCCAAAUGCUCUCUAGCAAACUUCAGACGGGCCUGGACAUGUACUGGCUUAAGCAGGGGGACAUGUCUGGCACUGCAGGAUUUGAGUCUCUGGCGGUGUAGUGUGUUACUGAUGGUAGGCUUUGUUACUUUGGUCCCAGCUCUCUGCAGGUCAUUCACUAGGUCCCGUAUGGUUCUGGAAUUUUUGCUCACCGGUCUUGUGAUCAUUUUGACCCCACGGGGUGAGAUCUUGCGUGGAGCCCCAGAUCGAGGGAGAUUAUCAGUGGUCUUAUAUGUCUUCCAUUUCCUAAUAAUUGCUCCCACAGUUGAUUUCUUCAAACCAUGCUGCUUACCUAUUGCAGAAUCAGUCUUCCCAACCUGGUGCUGGUCUACAAUUUUGUUUCUGAUGUCCUUUGACAGCUCUUUGGUCUUGGCCAAAGUGGAGUUUGGAGUGUGACUGUUUGAGGUUGUAGACAGGUGUCUUUUAUACUGAUAACAAGUUCAAACAGGUGCCAUUAAUACAGGUAACGAGUGGAGGACAGAGGAACCUCUUAAAGAAGAAGUUACAGGUCUGUGAGAGCCAGAAAUCUUGCUUGUUUGUAGGUGACCAAAUACUU